GCGCAUUUGGCAACCCAGGCAUAACUCAUCUGCCUUUAUCCAUUGAGAGAAAGUGUGCGUGUGCUUGCGUUUGUGUGUGUGUGUGUGUGUGUGUGUGUGUGAGAGAGAGAGAGAGAGAGAGAGAGAGAGAGAGAGAGCGAGCACAUAAACCCGCUCCUCUUCAAUAGUGAAAGUAAACCGGGGCACCGAGACUCAAAACCCAUGCCCGCUACUGAAACCUGUAGACAGACAGACAGACAGACAGACAGAGGGGUUCAUCACGGAGCUGCGCAAUCACAUUGGAGGAUCAGACUCUAAAUACAGUCGGAAUUACGGUGAGAUCAGACUGAAGCAGUCAGGAAAGACAGAGCUAUGAGGAAGUGAACUCGGAUGAACCGGACAUCAGAAGAAUGAAGGGGAAAAUUUGGGCCUUUUGGAUUUUUUUAGCUGGAGUCUUCACUGCCAGGGAGAGUCACACUGCAUGCAUCAAAAGCAGCUUUAAACUCCAAAUCACGGAUCAGUUAUUUGUGGAUCAUUGGUUUCAGGUGAAAAACUUCACCCCUACCAGUCAGGAGGUCACGGUGGAGCAUGAAUUCCUCUCCUUCAUUAACACCAUCUGUUCCAGUUUACUCCUAAAUCAACAGUUUUAUAGAGAAGAUCCCUUAAGCGCGGACAUGAGGGGGAAAGUGGUGUGGAUGUAUGUAGAGAUCCUGAGAUUAUUGGUAAAUAAGCCGAGUUGGAGAAAAAAUCAGAUUAUGCAGUUUUGUCACGAUCACACUUGCCCUAUAUUUUAUGUUACAAGUUUCAUCAACACAAUACAGUUGGAGAACAUCUACAGAAAAGUGUGUGACUGGAAUGAAACAGUUCCAGAAUGCCCGAUUCCUCACAGUUUUUCAGUGACUCCCACGUCCACUCCUCCUACAUCCCACACAGAACAGAUCAGCUCCACACAGACAGAUGGACAUGAUCUCAGUGUGAAGAAUAAUUCUGAUGCCUUGAUGUCUCGGGAGGUCUCCCCCAACCUGGUGUUGUCAGAGUUGGUUAUCAUCAUCAUCAUCAUCAUCAUCUUCAUCAUCUUCUUUUUCUUCAGUUUUGGAUUGUAUCUACACGGUUACAGAUGCAACAAUCAGAACAACUGUCAGAAUCAGAAUCCUUCAGAAGCUCCUGUGGAGAAUGGCGUGUAGCGUGUGGGAGUUUACACGUGAUCUCGCUGCUCAGUGACGUGGAAGUUAAUAGAAGCCGGAGUUUGGACUGAAGCUGGUGUGGAUUCUACUGAUACGUUCAUCAUCAGGUGUCUGUAUUAAAGGCUGCACAGAGGAAAAGUGCGAGCUUCACACACUGAUGCAACAUAGACGUUCCUCAGAUGUGUAAAUUACCCUCAACCAUCAGACAGCUGAAAUCAGAUGAACACAUGGUGAAGUCCUGAGGAAGGAUGCUUCACAUAUUUUAGAGAUAUUAUAGCUACAGACAGUGAUGUGUUUGGCCCAAGCAGCACGUAUGAUAAAGGCUGUUGGUGCUGUGAGACGUGUCAAACAUGUGCAUGCGAUCAUUAAUCAUCAGGAUUCCAUUAAACUGAUCACAUCGCAUCACCCUGCACUCACCAUUACAAACAUCAAUACCCUUCAUCAACACUUGCUGUGUGUAGUAAGUAAAAAUAUAUAUUGUAAAGCUACUAAUGUUUAUUUAUCCUCAGGUUAUCCUUAUAAGUAUUUGAACAGCAAGACACCUCGAGUUUAGAUUUUCUGCUUUAAUUCAAGGAUACAAAUUUUUCCUAACUGUAUAGAAAUUACAGAACAUUUUUACAGGCUCAGAAGUAAUCAGACAAUUUAACAUAAUUAUAAAUAUUACAGUUCUUUUUCAAAUUUGACUGAAAAUCAGGUCAAUGUUGGCCUGACAUUUGAGCCCUUAGACACCACUAUAUGCUGUCUCCUCUCGUGAGAUGAUUUAUCAGGUCCUACUGCAGGACCUUCAGCUGCUGCCUGUGUGUUGUUUUUUUCUGCCAUUAGUUUUGUUUUAAAAAGCAGCUCAGUUGGGUUGAGGUCAGGUGACUAACUGGAAUGUGUCUUUAAAAAAACUUGUGUUGAUUUUGCAGUGCGUUUUGGAUUGUUAUCGAUCUGUACUGUGAAGCUCUGCUGUGCAGUAUAAAUGAAUCUGAGCAGAAUGAAAAGCUCUAUACACAAAUCAUCCUCCUGCUUCACUCAGCACUUACGUCCUCCAUAAACACCAGUGAGCCAGUUCCUUCAGCAGCUUUACAUGCCCAUACCAUAGAACUACAUUCUGAUUUACAAAUGAUGUGGGACACCUUAGAUCAUGAUCCCUUCACACUCUCCCUUCUACACAUUUUCCUCUAAGUGUAAUUCUGUUACAAGUUCAUCUUCGUUUCAUCUCAUAAAAAAAAAAAAAAGUUAUUCUAGAACUGAGCCAGUGUUUUUAAAUGUUUUCCUGCAGUCUCAUGUGGGUUUCUUUUUUCCUCCACUGUUUUGCUUUGAUAGGUCAAUUUUUUAAAGAUAAUUAUAGUCUCCUUCACUCUCCACACCUCUCUGAAUUAUUUCAUUUCAAAAUCACUCUGAUGGUGAAGUGAGGCAACAUUACCCAAAUGAUCACUGUCCAAAGACUUAUGAACCUGACUGUAUACACCAGUGUGUUGUUUGGUGGUAACUGUGUAGUUUGUGGGUGUUUGUAAAUACAUGCACGUGUAAUAUUGCACAUUUUAUAAAGUUUUUGUUUAAAAGACUCAAUUUGAAAUAGAGUCCCAGUUUCAGAGGCGGGUGGAGAUGAAAAAAUUGCAGGAAGAGUUCUGUUUUAAUUAAAAAAGAAAAGCAAACAAUCCAAAAUAUCAGGUUCUGACAGAGGCUCAGAUCAGUAAAUCUUUAACCAUGAGCACAAUCACAAAACCAGGAAGUGCCAGAAGGAAGGGAGGGAGGAGAGAGAGAGAGAGAGAGAGAGAGAGAGAGAGAAUGAAUAUGAGAAUAUGAUUGUGUUCAGUGACAGACUCUAAAACUGUACAUAUCUCAUACAUUCAUAUUUAAUUACAAACUGUUCCACUGUGUUACUGAUGUAUUAUUGUAGUAUGUUGGUGAUUUCAGUGUCAGUCAUUAACACAAUACACUGUGUGUGUGUGUGUGUGUGUGUGUGUGUGUAUACUGUUGUGUUUGUUGUGUAACUGUUUAUUUAUAGACAUGGAUGAUUAUGCUGAUGAAGAUGAUUUGCAUGAAUAAUAAAACAUUCCUGGUGAAAAUG